GCUUAUUAAGUGUACAUUUUUGGUCCAUCGAUACAAACCAUCAUAUCGCUUCGGAAGAAAGUAGAAACCCGAAAAGGAAGGAAAGAGCGCAUUUGAGAAACUCGACUGAUACAGGGAAAGGAGAAACUUACGAACGAAAUGUCCCUUCUCCUCCUCCAGUUCCACCCUUGGUCCUCGUCAUCUUCAUCCGCACGGUCGCUACUGCCCUGUGGUUUCUCGACACGGGGAAAUAUCGUGAGACCGAGGCUUCCCUUUUCCCGCUUCAAAGCUUCAUGGCAAGAGCUUGCUGGCGUUUUGGUCCUCUCCGCCAUCCCUUUCACCGCCGUCAAAGCCAUCGCCAAUAGUUCUCUUGGCGACUCCCUUCGCAGGCAAAUGGAGGAAAGGAAGCAGGCUGAGCUCCAGAAUUCUUCCAAGCUUAAAGCCCUCGCCCAACUCGCUAGAAAGGACAGCAUGUGGUAUGGAGAAGAUCGACCUCGUUGGCUUGGUCCAAUCCCAUAUCAGUAUCCUGCCUAUCUGACUGGAGACCUUCCCGGGGAUUAUGGCUUUGACAUUGCUGGUCUCAGCAAGGAUCCUGUUGCCUUCCAGAAAUACUUUAAUUAUGAAGUACUGCAUGCCCGCUGGGCUAUGCUUGCUGCCCUUGGUGCUUUGGUUCCAGAAUCGUUGGAUAUGUUGGGAACCUUUCACUUUACUGAAUCUGUCUGGUGGCUUGUUGGCUAUUCGAAACUUAAGGGAGAUACACUAGACUACCUGGGCAUACCCGGACUUCAUUUGGCUGGAAGUCAAGGAGUGAUAGUUAUAGCCAUCUGCCAGGCUCUUCUAAUGGUUGGGCCAGAGUAUGCUAGAUAUUGUGGGAUUGAGGCAUUGGAGCCUUUAGGUAUUUACUUACCUGGUGACAUUAAUUAUCCUGGAGGUGUGCUUUUUGACCCUUUGAAUCUUUCUGAAGAUCCUGUAGCUUUGGAGGAACUGAAAGUAAAAGAAAUAAAAAAUGGCCGCCUAGCUAUGGUCGCCUGGUUAGGUUUUUAUGUUCAAGCAGCUGUGACAGGUAAAGGCCCUGUACAGAACCUCCUUGACCACAUCUCAGAUCCCAUUCACAAUAAUAUCAUUUCCUUUCUGAAAUCUACAUAAUGUAAUCAAUGAUUUGUAUACUGUAAAGUUUAAGCAUAUAAACUCUUUUUACUGUAAAUACUUUGAUGCUGUCUAUAUCAAAUGAAUGACAUUAUUAAUCUUUAAAUUCCGAUUACUUUGUGAAAGUAAAAGUAUAUUCUUUAUCUGUUUGUCAA